AUGUCAGACUUAAAUAACGGUGGCUUACAAAUGGUCACCAUACUCGAAACGAUUAAAAAGUUUUCAGAAAACAUUAAUGGAUACAAAUUAGUACUGAUGGGCGGUAGCGUCGUAUGUGGUAUGAUAUAUAUAUACAGAUAUCACAAAGUUAGCCAAGUAUUGCCUCAAAGGCAUUCGGAAGAUUUUAAAAGUUUGACUACGGCUAUAACAGGUCUAUGCUUGUGGAACUUCAUGAUUACAGCAUUCGCUGAAACCACAUUGCUCAACUUGGAUAAUGUGCUGGGAUAUUUGAAUGGUGAUGAGGACUUACCUAAAAACUUCAGAGGAUACUUUGUAAAUGAAGACAUCCAUUCGGUAUUGAAUAUGUACUAUUUGCGGAAAGAUGUGAAGUUAUUAUCCGUAACGGUUGUAUCGAUGACAUUGUUCCAAAUUUUUUCUCAUGUCAUCAUGAAAAGUGUCGAAUAUAUUUCAUUCAUUUCCACCGAAGACAGCAAUGAUGUCGAGAAGGCUGUGGAACCACGCCCUCUCUCUAAAUCUGUUUCAUUCGACGUUGACUUAACUACAUACCAAUACCUGGACAUGGAAUUAUCGGUAUCCAAGUCCAGAUUAAACUUCGGCCAAUCGCCGCUCAAGUCAUUUUUCAUCAAGCAUUGCAUCUCAUUCGUCAUCCUUUCCGUCAUAUCAUAUUGCAUAGUUCCAGACAGUUUCUUAUUUAAUUCAUCAGCAAUUCUUUUUCAAUGCUCGAGCAUCACCCUCAAGUCUGAUCACAUUUUCUACUCGAUUUUUACCCUUUUCUUUCUUGACGUGGCCACCAUAUUUGUCAAGGUUGCAAACCAUCCCAAACUCAGAAACUUCCCCCAGUUUACUUCCAUCUUAUCCAGAUUCAUAUGGUGCUAUAGCAGCGUGAUCCUUGCCACGUCCAUGAGCUUGAUGCUAUUAUUCAAUGAUGUGCUCAUCAAUUUGGUCAAAUUGCUCGCUAUUUAUACAUAUGCGCCGACUCACACGAUCACCUACGAUGUUCUGUUCGUUACGCAGAUUUUCGUUAACUAUUUAACGCACAGUAUUCAACUGUCUUGUACCGCCGGUGCAGAAUGUUCCCAAUUGGAAUUAGUUAAUACAUUAUCGAAAAACUUUGUUUGGUUGAAAGAUAUCCUAAGCAGCUGCUGCAUUGUGCUCAACUUAUCAUGCUUAGUGAUACUACCAAUGUUAAUUUGGUUAGUGAUAAUUGAAUCUAAACUCGGACGCUCUAUUUAUUGA